AUUUUCAAUAACUCAUCGCCUGUAAACGAUUGAUAAUAAACACAUACAUCCAAAAUGUAAUGAGUUAAACAAUACAAAUGCAAUACGUAUAAUGUAAACAGCCUGCCAUGCGCCCUGACGUCUCCGGAAGCCGAACGUAGCCGAAGCUGACGUCAUAUGUUUGGCUCGCUCAUCUCGCUGAAUGCGAAGGCAACAAGAAGGAAGCAAUGGCGAUACUGUAUCGCCGAGGACUCGCACUGGAUACAUUCACACGCAACGCGCUCUCCGCCUCCAUCCACGCAAGCGAAUCACGCCACGCACGCGGUAAGUGCGCGACACCGCCUUCGUACUGAGCUUUCGUGACAGUGUGGCACUUGUUGUUGUCCGUGUUUUGGAGCUGAGAUUGAGCCAUAGCUGCGUGUGCGUGUGUCCUGAGCGUGCGUGUGUGCAAUAAUAACAGAACGUGCUGUAAACACACAUGCGUGCGUGCGUGCGUGCGUGCGUUUGUUGCGUGUCAUACAGAAGGACUGAUGCACGUGCAGAAAUGCUCUUCUGUACUUUUCACACCGAUGCACUGUCAGUGGAUUCCGAGACUGUGAGAGUGGACAAGUUUAGACAUCGAGUGCGCGCGCGCGCGCGCGUGGUUGCAUUGCUGGAGCGAGGAGGCCAUCUAGUUACGAGUGUCCGCAACUGUUUGCUUUCAGUUUGUGAUGUGAAAUAUGAGCAAAUGCACUCAUUUUUAGAUUGCGUCUCCGAUACACCUGCGAAGCAGCUCUUGAAGGGAACAGUAGUGAUCAAACUCGGUGAAGAAGAAGAUAUGUUCUUGUAUGAUCACCUCCAGACGCAUGAGGAUUACAAACCCAGGGUGUGUGAUGUCUGCAGGAAAGUCUCUAAGCUUCAGGACGUCCUGACUUAUUACGGUAGUUGUGGAGUAGUUAAACAGUGAGUGCCUCUAACCCCCCACCCACCCCAGAGCCAUGCAUAGCAAGAACCAGAGGAGACACGGCUCGCCCAGUAGCUCCAGAGCCCCUCUGGUUCCUGUCAAAGCCAAGAUGUCGGUGGGUCACAGUGAAGUGGAGGCGCUCCCCUUCCGGGUCCCUCAUGACUAUCCUCACUCUCGCUUUAACAAGGCACCGCUGGCCGUGUAUCCUCCUAAGGGAGCGCGAGCAAAAGCCUGUGUGUCCGUACCCGUGGUGAGUCUGGAAAAGAUGCCGUGCCUCAACAGAUCGGAGAGCGCGCACAUCAAGGUCAACUCUGUGUCUCCCACCCCGGGUUCUUCUCUCGCCUCCUCUUCGCCCUGUUCUUCGUCUUCCUCGCCUUCUUCAGCUUCUCUCAAGUCCGGCUUGGCAUCACCAGCGUCUCACAAGAACCAGGAAAAGCUUCUGAACGGUCGCGGUCCCGUCACUCCUCGCUCGACUACGCCUCCCUCGCUGAACGACAAGCGGCCCAGUCCCUUACGGUCACCGAUGGAGAAGCGACCCGCCGCCUCUCCGUCCUCGCUGGAGAGGAGACCUCCGACCUCCACGUCUCCAUCCGUAUUGGACAGGAGACUGUUAACCCCUCCCUCUACCCCAGACAGGAAACAUCAGAACGGAGCCAAGGGUGUGAGGAACAGGAGAGUGUCAGGGAGAAUCUUCGAUCCUAAUAAACACUGUGGAGUUGUGGACCCAGAGACAAAGCGGUCGUGCACUCGAUCAUUAACCUGUAAGACUCACUCUCUGACCCAUCGGCGAGCGGUCCAGGGCCGGAAGCAAGAAUUUGACAUUCUUCUAGCCGAGCACAAGGGGCGAGCGAAAGAAGUGGUAAAAAAAAAGGACGUUCAGGCGAGCAGCCAAUCAGUGCAGGCGACACAAUCAUGUGACACGGCGCCCAGCCUAUCUGCAAGCUGUCCUAAUGGAAAGACCACGCCCACUCUCAAACUGAAGCUGUCCAGUGCUCACAUACACAGAGUGUCUGGCAGUGGAGGUGCUGUGGCAUUUAGCUCCGCCCCUGCGCCUCUUCCUGAAGCUCCGCCCAGCUGGCAGAAGAGUGACGCCCGACUAUCCAGUGACGAGGGAGAGGCCGACCCACCUGAGGAGUGUGAGAAAUCGCUGUGCCAUUAUUCAACGCACCACCCGAGACCCAUGAGCUGUUGUGCGUUCAGCAGUCGUCUGAUGGGGAGGGGUCAGUAUGUGUUCGACCGCCGGUGGGAUCGGGUGAGACUCGCUCUUCACUGCAUGGUGGAGAAACACGUCAACUCUCUCAUGUGGAGGAAAGUCCCCCUAAUGGUGGAGAGCCUGACAAACGACUCCCCCUCUCCCACUGAAGCGCCUUCGCUGAACUCCUCGUUCCUCCCCAAUCACACGCCCACGACCUCCGAAGACGGCGUUUCCAUGGUCUCCUACUCCAGCACUUACUCGCAGAACGGUGCUGGGGUGUUCCGUAUCAGGGACCCGGAAACCCGCCCCAAACCACAGCGGACUAAACCGGCCAAACCGUUACAAGUCUCGGGGGGGCCCAAAAGACGCAAGCCAACUCCUAACUCAGAAUCAGGGGCUGACGGGAAGGGCGGCAUCAGCUAUGAUCCGCAGCUGGGCACGGCACACAUCAGUAAUGGCACGGCGGAACUCAGUGUCCGGGCCAAACCACGACCCGGAGCGCAGGGGUCGAGGGAGGCCAGGUACGGCGGUGCAGAGCUCUCGCACGGAAACGUCCCGUCUCAAGGUUCUCUGUCGUACAGCUCGUCCGAUGAAAGGAAACGGAAAGGGCGUGGAUCCAGCGCCGGCCCCGACAAACCCAGCAAAACCUCUAAAUCGGCGGCUUUGGACGCCAUCUUUAGGAAGAGCCACAGUGGUCUGUGGUCGUCGGUCGCUGACCCGCCUCACUGCGCCCCCUCCAGACAGCCCAAGGUACCUCACUGAUACUGUGAGACUGGAAAUCAUGAGGUCUGUAGGUCAGCGAUGUGUCUGUCCUGCCUCUAUCCCCACGGCGGCCUCUCUUCACUCAACGCUUCAGUUUUUAUUUUCAUACACGCUUCAAUUUAGAACCGAACCGGUCGGCUGUGAGCGUUACCCGUCUUUUCCUUUGAAAGAAAUAACCGACUACAGUUUCACACAAAUUCAGAUUUAGUAUUUUUCAUAACCAACACCAAAACCUGUUUUAGACAUUUAGCGAUACACGGACUGAGUUGAAUCUUCUUUUCAUUUGAAUGGGGAAUCUGGAUGGAAGAGAACUAAACGAACUCGACCAAGUGCACUUAAUUCGUGAACAACACAACAGGAGAAACACUUUCAACUAAGGGAAUAUUUUACAAACGCUUUUGGCAAGUUGUAUUUUUCUAGAAUGGACGAAUUCAGGUUUUUGGAUAUUUUGUUUUAUCGCUGAUUGCGAAAGGACUCGCGCCCCACUGUAAAGAAACUUAACCCGUCAUGAAUUUUUGUAUUAUAAUUUAUGGUUGUUUUAUUAAUUUUCUAACUGAUUAGUGCUUCUUAUGUUGAGCAGAAGUAUAUUUGCAUUGCCAUUCUAAAACGUUUAAAGUAUUAUAGAGACCCUAUUGUUGGAAAUGUGUGUACAUAUCUUUCAUUAUAAUUGUGUUGCUUUUUUGUAUUUAUUGUUAGUUACUCUCAGAGGAUUUUGUUUCUUCAGUUAUACACAUCAUUAUCAUCCUGGAGAUGUCUUCUUUCUAGACAUUCUAAUGUUUGUCCCAUUUAUACUCUUUACAUUUUGUAAUGAUGUUCCCGCAGCUUUAAAGGGAUGAUUCACCAAAAAAUAUAAUGUCUGUUGUUAUUUAUAGCCUUGAAUCAAUCACUUUAUUUUGCUGAACACAAAAGGAGAUAUUUUGAGAAAUGUCUCCGUGGCUUUGUGUUCAAACACUGAAAGUCAAUAGUGUUCAUUGUCGUUUAGUAACCAACAUUCUUCAGAAUAUCUUCUUUUGUGUUCUGCGAAAAAGAAAGUAAGUCAUGCAAGUUUGGAAUGAUACGGGGGCGAAUAAAUGCUGAAACAAUUUAUUUUUGGGUGAGCUGUCCCUUUAAAGUGCAGUUUAGAUGAGUUGAUGAGUUGAUCAAGUAGAGCCAGAAUUGGCAUUUAGCACAGCUUUGUAGCCAGAAAGUUGCCAAUUUUGUCUUCUCAAGAUGUCAUUUUACCUCUCAGCGUUUCAAAGACUGAAAUAAAGACCUUCUCGGAGGAAAUUAGUAUAACAAAACAUUAAAAAGAAGAGAAACAAAUGUCACACUUUACCUUUAAACAGUUUCUUUGCUUUCUUGAACUUUAAGACUUGACACUAGAUAUACUGCGGCAGUUUUCAGUUUUCCAUUCGAUCCUAAAGUAAUUUGGAGUAUAAACCCUGUUUUAUCUAU